CGCUCCCCGGAACAAUAAUAAGACUCGAUCCCAGUCCAGAUCGUCGCAGCAGAGGAAUCCCGGGGUCCCGGACCGACUCCAUUUCCGGCCACGAGGCCACGAUCCAUUUCGUAGAGCUUUCUUUCUUUCUUUUCUUUUGUUCUUCUUGGUGAUCUGAUCUAGUCGCCCCGCCCCGUUCGCGUCCAAUCCUAACAGCGGCGGACCUUAGCGAUCCUGUUGUCAUCUCGUCCUAGCGUACAAUGGCGCUCAACCUUGCGCACCAGACCGGCGCGGCGGCGGCCGUGACGGCGGCCCCGGCGGCGCCGCGCUCGGCGGUCGUCGCGGCGGCCUCCACCGUCGCGCCGUCCUCGACGGCGCCCUCGUCGGCGCCCGCGCUCCAGGCGCAGACGGUGACGGUGGACCCGGCCCCGGCGCAGGGGCAGGACUCGGUGAAGCCGGACCUCGCCAUGGUGUGCCAGGCGCUGGUGGACGGCAAGCCGGAGGCGGAGCACGCAGACGUGGCCGCCGAGGUCAAGAGCAAGGAGGGCGUGCCGGUGUUCGUGAUGAUGCCGCUGGACACGGUGCGCAAGGAUGGCAACAGCCUGAACCGGCGGAGGGCGGUGGAGGCCAGCCUGGCGGCGCUCAAGAGCGCCGGCGUCGAGGGCAUCAUGGUGGACGUGUGGUGGGGUAUCGCCGAGGCCGAGGGCCCCGGCCAGUACAACUUCAACGGCUACAUGGAGCUCAUGGAGAUGGCCAGGAAGAACGGGCUCAAGGUGCAGGCCGUCAUGUCCUUCCACCAGUGCGGCGGCAACGUUGGCGACUCAGUCACCAUACCACUUCCGAAAUGGGUUUUGGAGGAGAUGGACAAGGACCAGGACCUGGCCUACACCGACCGGAGCGGCCGCCGGAACUACGAGUACGUGUCGCUUGGCUGCGACGCGAUGCCCGUGCUCAAGGGCCGCACCCCCAUCCAGUGCUACGCCGACUUCAUGCGCGCCUUCCGCGACCACUUCGCCACCUACAUGGGCAACACCAUCGUCGAGAUCCAGGUCGGCAUGGGCCCGGCCGGCGAGCUCCGCUACCCGUCCUACCCGGAGAGCAACGGCACCUGGUGCUUCCCGGGCAUCGGCGAGUUCCAGUGCUACGACAGGUACAUGCUGAGCAGCUUGAAGGCGGCGGCUGAGGCCGUUGGCAAGCCGGAGUGGGGCAACGCCGGGCCGAGCGACGCCGGCAGCUACAAGGACUGGCCGGAGGACACCCCCUUCUUCCGGCGCGAGGGCGGGUGGAACACGGAGUACGGGCAGUUCUUCAUGAGCUGGUACUCGCAGAUGCUCCUGGAGCACGGCGAGCGCAUCCUGUCCGCGGCCACCGGGGUGUUCACGGCCUCGCCGGGCGUGAAGAUCUCCGUAAAGGUUGCCGGGAUCCACUGGCACUACGGCACCCGCUCCCACGCGGCGGAGCUGACGGCGGGGUACUACAACACCCGGCAGCACGACGGGUACCAGCCGAUCGCGCGGAUGCUGGGGCGUCACGGCGCCGUGCUCAACUUCACGUGCGUGGAGAUGCGGGACCACGAGCAGCCGCAGGACGCGCAGUGCCGGCCCGAGGGCCUGGUGCAGCAGGUGGCGGCGGCGGCGCGGGAGGCCGGCAUCGGGCUCGCCGGCGAGAACGCGCUGCCCCGGUACGACGAGACGGCGCACGACCAGGUGGUGGCGACGGCGGCGGAGAAGGCCGAGGAGGAGCGGAUGGUGGCGUUCACGUACCUCCGCAUGGGCCCCGACCUGUUCCAGCCGGACAACUGGCGCCGCUUCGCCGCGUUCGUGAAGCGCAUGUCGGGCGCCGGGAAGCGGGACAUGUGCCGGGAGCAGGUGGAGCGGGAGGCCUCCGGCGUCGCGCACGCCACCCAGCCGCUCGUGCAGGAGGCCGCCGUCGCGCUCACCAACUGAUCAUCCAAACCGGGGAGGCGCCGCGUCCGCCCGCGGCUUCCUUCGUUCGAUCGAUCGCUACGCUACUACUACGUACGAGGCAAUAGGCUGUGGCGCCGGCCGUGCCGUGCGCCCGUGCCGGCGCGUGUACCUCUCGAAAGUGUAGCAAGGGAAAGGAAGCUGCGAGGUUAGGGGUGGUAAUGGUACUAGCUGCCACGUUUCCAAGCUUGGCAGGGAGAUACGAGUCUGAAAGCUCUGCUGCUGCUACUGUUGAUAUCCUACUAAAAGUGUAAGGAUAUGUAUACUCAUGAUUUGUACUGCUACGAUUUCAUGAAGAAAGAAACAAAAUUUCUGCAA